CAGAAUAGAAAGAUCCUAGAGGAGCUACAGUUGAAGAAGCAGAUGCUAUUAAAGCAGGGAGUCGCGCCAUCCUUAAACACGUCGUUGGGAGUCUCGUCGACUGGUUCUGCAUCAAAUAUUGCUUCAAUACAAUCUAACGAUGGUGUAGCGAUGAGUGCAUCUCAAAGGGCGGCCUUGCAUAACGCACACGCUGCUUCAUUCGGCUACUUCGUUACGCAAGACUCUUCCUUCGGGAAUUUAAUAUUACCGGUUCUCCCAAGAUUUGAUAACAAAUGAGUUAUCUUUUAGAUUACCUUUUCUGAAAGAUAUGCAGAUUUAUAUAAAUAAUUAAAUGUUACUAAGGACUAUACAGCAAUAACGUUAACUCUUUGAUCUUAUUCAUCAAAAGAUUAGAUUGUUUUUUUUUUUUUUAAUAAAUAUUUGUUGGACGAGAUUCUGUGGUGCAAACACAGUAGAUGGUCUUCUAAUAAAGGAUGGCUGGACUUCGACUUCGUCAGUUAGAAGAAUAUCUGCAACAAUUAGAUGUAUUUGAAAAUCCAAAAAUCUUGCUUGAACAAUAUGCUACAAGUGCGCAUAUCGCUUCACAUAUGUUGUACACCGCUCAAUCCCAGUUCGAUGACAUAGAAGGUAAAAGCAUAGCUGAUCUAGGUUCUGGAUGUGGCAUAUUGUCAUUGGGUGCUAAGAUGCUUGGUGCCGAAUAUGUGGUUGGAUUCGAGAUAGAUUCUGACGCAGUUGACAUACAAUACAGAAAUUGCAAUGAUAUAGAACUCUUUGUUGAAAUCGUGCAGUGUGACAUAUUGCGAUUUUUGCCAGGAAAAUUUGAGAAGUACUUUGAUACUAUUAUAAUGAAUCCACCUUUCGGGACUAAGAACAAUGCCGGCGUCGAUAUGAAAUUUUUGGAAGCUGCUCUCAAGCUUUCGUCCAAUGCAGUUUACUCGCUGCAUAAGAGCACCACGCGGGAUUAUGUCCUAUCGAAGGCGUCGCAGCUCGGCGCGAAAGGGACAGUGAUAGCCGAGCUUAGAUAUGACCUGCCGAGAGCUUACAAAUUUCAUAAGAAGGCGUCCGUCGAUAUUCAAGUGGAUUUUAUACGGUUUGAAUUAAAGCGUUGAUUCUUUUUCGAGGGA